CGUUUUUAAGGAAAUGAAACUCCGUUUUGACAAACGUUAUCCAGAAACAAAACAUGAACAACAUAGCCACCAUCUGUUUCAAACCCUGCAUUCCUUUCCCAGUACAAUCUCCCAAAACCAGCUUCAGAAAAUUCCCACUCACAAUACCUCGAUCCAGUCUUCAAGAUUCUCAACCACCCAACUCAACCCAACAACAACAACAACUCAAUCUCUCUGUUCUUCGCUUCACAUUGGGGAUACCUGGGUUGGAUGAAUCCUACUUGCCUAGAUGGAUCGGUUAUGGCUUUGGUUCGCUUCUCCUUUUGAAUCACUUUCUUGGGAGUGAUGCAGCCGCUGUUACACCAGCUCAGCUUAGCACAGAGGUUUUGGGUCUGUCUUUAGCUUCCUUCUCAAUUGUGCUGCCCUACCUUGGUAAAUUUCUCAAGGGUGCUCAACCAGUGGACGAAAAGACUAUACCAGAAGGGACUGAACAAAUAUUUGUCAUGUCAACAGAGGUAGGGAAUGGCCUGAAGGAGGAUCUGGCUUGGGCAUCAUAUGUUUUGCUGCGUAAUACAAAUGCCAUAGCUAUGCUAAUUUUAAUUCAAGGAGAAAUAUGUGCAAGGGGAUACUGGAACAUACCAGAUGAUACAUCAAAAGAAAUUCUUCCGGAUUGGUUUAAGAAAAAAAUUGAAAAAGCUGGCCUGUAUGAUUUGAAAGACACCCUAUAUUUUCCCCAAGACGCAGAUUCCGAAUUUCAGGAUCUGGUACCUAUGGGGACUCGCUGUCUUUUGAUCCAACCAGUCUUACAUGUUUCUAAUGAGAAUGAUGUUGGAUUGCAAAAACCUGGUGGAUUCAUUCUUCUGGCCUCAACUACAAGGUAUGCAUUUAGCAAUAAAGACAAAGCCUGGAUUGCAGCCGUGGCAAACAAAUUUAGAGGUAGAGUGGUGUAGCCAUCUGAUUAUCUAAGGCAAUGCAAGAGUAUCUGUUGUACAACGAAAAUGAAGAUUGAAAUCUGUGGCAUAGGAUUUAACAGCUCAAAAUCAAGACUUUCUUGGUUAAAUUAAGGGGAAAAAAUUAGGAAAUUGAAGACUUAAGUGGAAUAUGUGAGGGGUCAGACUGAUUUGCAAGAAUUGGGAUGAGGAUUGGAGAUCAGUCAGUAGCAGCUUUUGGACAAUGAUGAACAUUUUCUAUAAAUUUUGAAAAAGUGGGUGAUUGAUUCUAAUUUGAAUCAAUGGAGGCAUCUCAAAUUUGAAAAUUACUAUUAGUCUUUAUACUUGUUUAUCAGUGUAGUUUAUGAAAGAAUUAAUGUAAUUUUUUUGUGUUUUUCUUAGAAGGAGUUUAUGGAAAAUUCGUCAAACAGGUUUUGGUCUUGACUUGUAUUCUUUAUAGAUGUAUAGAAGUUGGUCUUAUUGCAGCAGUUACCAUGAU